ACGGUAUUGAAAGUACAAUUUUGUACUUGGCACGGAGUACUAAAUAUCUUGCUAAACAUACAGUUAUUUAAAUCACUAAUCGAAUAGCGAUCGACAGUUAUCUUGCCGCCGUUAUCACCUUCUUUCGACACACACAUUCAACACGUGAAUAUCGAGAAACAGCUACCAUGCCUGUUCCCGCUGGUGACGUAGAAAAAGGCAAAAAGCUUUUUGUACAAAGAUGUGCUCAGUGCCAUACCAUUGAAGCUGGUGGUAAACACAAGGUAGGCCCCAAUCUCCAUGGAAUUAUUGGAAGGAAAACUGGACAAGCAGCUGGUUACAGUUACACAGAUGCCAACAAAGCGAAAGGUAUUACUUGGAAUAAGGACACACUGUUUGAAUAUCUAGAAAAUCCAAAGAAGUACAUUCCUGGUACAAAAAUGGUCUUCGCUGGUUUGAAGAAACCACAAGAACGCGCUGAUCUAAUUGCGUACAUAGAACAAGCUUCAAAGUAAGCUUGAAAUAUUUUGAAAAUGACAAAGCACGCUAAAAGUGUUUAGCAGGUGUUAUAGAGGACAUUAGUACUAUUAUCAUCUCGAACCUCAUAGACAUCUUGCUGCACUUCACUCAACUCAUUCAUCAACACUCCUCAAUCUGGUACUCAAGCGUUUGCAAAGUCUGAAUAGUGAAAAAUUGUUAUUAUUGAUUAUAAGUAGACCCAUCGUGUUGUAAUUACAUACAUUGACAAGAGUCAGGCUAGAACUGACUAGAAUUAGCAGUACUUCUUCAUCAUUAAAGAUAUUCUGGUGCUCUCUUGCGGUGGCUGAGCCAUACGUAUAUUGUGCACUAUUAUUUAUUUGUGACUGUACAUUGUUCGAGUCGUUUGACAGAUUGUUAAUCUGUAAUGCAACAGUAUAAAAUACAGAUUCGACAAUAAAUGUA